UGGUCAACAAAAAAAUAAAAAACAAAAAAUGGUGAGUACGUAAAAUUGUGGGACCGGCCUGAGUCAUUCGGCCAAAAUUUCCCGCUUCUGCUCUACUUCAAAUAUCAUCCUUACUCUUCCUCUGUCUAUUCGUCUAAUCACAAGAAACAAGAGUAAUCUGAAUCUUUAUUUCUUCCCUAAAUUUCUCUAAAUUUAACAACUUUAUUAUAAUAUAGAUCACAAAUUUUGAUUUACUUGCACGUUUUUACUAGUAUUAUCCAUGGAUACUCCUCAGAAAACCCAGAUCGAAACACCUUUAUCUGCUCCCGAGGACGCACCGUUUGACUCACCGUUUUUCAACUUUGCCAGCAAUCUAUCACCUAUCAACCCUAUAACGACGGUACAUGUUUCUCAGACAAUUGGCUCAUGUAGUUUCAGUUCACCUCCAUCUGUUUUCACUUCACCUCAUGUUAACAUCCCGAAGGGCUGUCAGUUGUUUAGGCCUCGAGUUUUAGACCUAGCAAAACGUACGUUUGUUGUGAAUGAAGGAGACAAAGAUUCUGCAGCUGCAGAGAUUACAAGGAAUGAUCAUCAGUUUGACAGUUUGGUCAAUGUUCAACUCAGAGGUGAAGGUGCUUCUGGCAGUGAAAGUUCUUGCAAAGCAAUUGAAGAUUCCUCUGAAUGCGCAACAGAACCGCCAAAGGAGCCUUCUGGUAGAGAUUCAUUUGAGACGGAAUUGAAAUCUCAAGUGGUGAACAAUGAAAAUGAAGAGACAUCGUGUGAUUGGCAGAGUUUGAUAGAUAAGAAUAGCGAUCUGUUUGUUUUUAAUUCACCUAAUGAUGUAGCAUCUUCAAAUGGACCCUUGCGAAAAUCACAACAGGAAGAAGCAAAUGUGUCUGCAUCUCUUUUGGCUCGCUUUCCCACUGAUCAAGCAUAUGGGCAAAGUUCACUACAUGUCGAAUCUUGUAGUUAUAAUGACUCACUUGAAAUUAUAGAACAUUCAACUCAACCCACAGGGGCUGCUGAACCAAGGCAAACAGAUGAGACAACAAAAAAUAUGGAAAUUUCCUCAGUAAAUGAAUUCUUAUCCGGUGAUUCUAGGGAAAACGCAAAAAUUGAGCCUUUGAACAAUUUACAAAAGGGAAUGAGAAGACGGUGUCUGACCUUUGAGAUGCCAAGGUCUAAGAAGAAUGCAGAUAGUGUUCUAUCCUCCAGCUCUCUGUCUGCUCUACAACGUGAGGAAAAGCCCUUGUCCAACAACAGCCAACCCAUAACACCCAGGGUUGAUUCUUCGAGGCGUAUUUUUCCAAGUAUUGGUCUGCACUUGAAUGCACUGGCAGCAGCCUCAAAGGACUGCGGAAUCUCCAAUCAGGAGAUGGUUUCUCCCACUAUGCAGGAUCUUCUCAUUAACUCAUCAGACUUACUCUCUUUGACAAAAGAAGAGGGUCCAGAUGAAAAUAGAAUUGAAAAUGCAGAAAAUUCUUCAGAGGCAUCAGUAUAUUUAACUAAUGAGGACUUAUAUUCUAACAGUCCCAAGAAAAAAAGGAAAAAGUCUGAAACUACUGGAGAAGGCGUUGCAUGUAAACGUUGCAACUGUGUAAAAUCCAAGUGUUUGAAACUCUAUUGUGAAUGCUUCGCUGCCGGCGUUUACUGUAUUGAGCCAUGUUCCUGUCAAGGCUGCUUUAACAAGCCAAUUCACGAAGAUGUUGUUCUUGCAACCCGUAAGCAGAUCGAAUCUCGUAACGCACUUGCAUUUGCUCCUAAAGUGAUUAGGACCACAGAUCCAGCUCAAGAAGUUGGGGUUGAUUCAACCCAAACUCCAGCUUCUGCACGCCACAAACGAGGAUGCAACUGCAAGAAAUCUAAUUGUCUUAAAAAAUAUUGUGAAUGUUAUCAGGGUGGUGUCGGAUGCUCCAUCAAUUGCAGAUGUGAGGGAUGUAAAAAUGCCUUUGGUCGAAGGGAUGGUUCCACUCUGAUAUCAGCAGAAGUUGAAAUGGAAAAGUUGCAAGCCUCCGAGAGAUCCAUAUCGAUAAUGCAUAAAACUUCAGAAAUACCUAGUCUCCACAAUGACGAUGACCAAAAUUCUGAAUUUUCUAUCCCUGUGACACCAUCAAAGCUUCACAGGCCAUUAGUUCCACAGACUACUUCCUCAAAGGGAAAACCGCCAAGAUCUUCUCUUGGGACAAUGGGUUCAUCCUCCGGUUUGCCAAGACCCACAUUUCUCCGAUCACAUUCCAGCACAGAGAAGCAUUGUCAGAGUGCAUCAGUAGACGAAAUUCCAGCUAUUCUGCAAAACAGCAGUCCUCCAAGCAGUGCGUUAAAGACUUUGUCUCCGAACAGCAAAAGGGUAUCUUCUCCUCGCAAUGUCAACGGACAUAGGAGCAGCCGUAAGCUCAUCCUGCAAUCUAUUCCAUCAUUCCCUUCCCUUUAGACACUGACUAUGUAAGUUAAAUCGAAAAGGGGGAGUAACACACCUAUGAUCUGAAUCUCGCGGUAUAUGUGUGGUAAUUAUAGUCUUUUUUUACAUUCAGUCUCCUCAUUCCUGUCCUUAUAAUGUUGCUGCAUUGUUUUUUACCUUCCAAAAAAGUUCCAAAUAGGUUUAUGUGAAUGCUUUUUAGACUCUUGUAGUAUGAUAUAAAUAUCUGUAAUAUAUUCCUAGGGGAAGUUAAGUAAAUUUAUUGAUUUUUAUCAGCUUCAUGUAGAUUAUUUUUGAUAUAUGCCAAG